AGUGACGUGAAUACGCCGAGGGCUCCGGAGAGCUCUCAAAUAUCUUCGUCCUGCUGGAGGACGAUUGCUGCGUCCACAAGAUCCCUACUGCUCACCUCAGAACAAUUCCGGUCAUCAGGCCACACGCUUCACCAUGCGGCUGAUCAUUCGCGACGAACCACAGGCUGCGUCCAAGUAUAUCGCAGACUACAUCAUUGAACGUAUCAAACAAUUCAAUCCGACUGCUGAACGACCAUUUGUGCUCGGUCUGCCCACCGGCAGCAGUCCUGUCCUCAUUUACCAGCAUCUUGUUCAACGGCAUAAGUCUGGAGAGAUCUCCUUUCGCGAUGUGGUCACCUUCAAUAUGGAUGAGUAUGUUGGGAUUCCACGGAGCCACCCCGAGAGUUACCACAGCUUCAUGUACAAGCACUUCUUCUCCCAUGUCGACGUGAAACCAGACAAUAUCAACAUCCUCAACGGUAAUGCUUCCGAUCUUGAACUCGAGUGUCACAACUAUGAGGAGAAAAUCAAAGCCGUCGGCGGCAUUGAGCUAUUUCUGGGCGGUAUCGGGCCCGACGGCCAUAUCGCUUUUAAUGAACCCGGUUCCAGCCUCAAGUCUCGCACACGUGUGAAGACCCUUGCGUACGAUACGAUUCUUGCCAACUCACGAUUCUUCGGUAAUGACCUGGACCAAGUGCCCAGGAUGGCACUGACAGUCGGAGUCCAGACGGUACUCGAUGCGCGCGAGGUCGUCAUCAUUAUCACCGGUGCGCACAAAGCAUUGGCUCUACAAAGAUGCAUCGAAGGCGGUGUGAAUCACAUGUGGACGCUGUCUAGCCUCCAGGCCCACCCUCAUCCAAUGAUCGUGGUCGACGAGGAUGCCACACUAGAGCUGCAGGUCAAAACGGUUAAGUACUUUAAGAGCAUUGAGAUGGUAGCCAGUGAGCUCGGGUUCCGACAAAAGAUGCCGCGAAAAAGGGAUUCUUUCAUCGACGAGGGUGCCUUGCUCGUUCCCGCCCGGAACCAAGCCAACGGUAUCAACUUGACUGUGCCACAUCACGACAUAUCGCGGUCCGCAAGUCCUGUGUUCGAGCCAAUGAGUGCCCGCCUUGACGACGAGGAUGCUGCAGCGAAGAUCAAGGAGUCCUGGGACGCUGUUGAAGAUCAGCCGUCCGUUCGCAUGAGCGCUCGCGUUGCCGGCUGAAUACAUCCUCCGUUGCCAAGGCGCCUGUGCACUGCAAAUUGCAUAAACACUCGUUUCGUUUUGUAUUUCCGGCUUUGUACUGACGAGACUGGUUAAGAAUGUCAUCUUAGCAAAUC